AAGUGUAAGAAAAUGCAUGGAGGGAUAGAUAAACAUCAUUCUAAUAUAUUGAUACAAGUGCAACAUACCAGACUGUUUCAGGGAUUGAAUAGUAAAGUCUUGACAUUUCCUGUCAUUGUCCCUGGUGUUUACACCGUCUACUAAACUCAACCAACAGAGACAGGCAAGAUCUAAACAGAACAAAAACAAGAAUUAGAAAACUUGAUAAUACAAAUGGAAAAAAAUGCCAACAUCUAAUAAGAAAGUUGAGGCAAAAAUCAUUUUUAAAAAGACGAGAUCACAAAAAGAAACUGCAUCACGAAAGGCGACGUAGAUCGUAGAUCGUAGAUCCAAAUAUAUUUUACUUAAUUGUGUUUUUCUGAUACAUUUUCAGUGAUUUCAAUCAACCAACAUGGAAUUCUGAACGUUCAUUGAAAGCCUCCCCCACACUUCAACUCCACAGGACUAAAAAUCAGUUGUUGGAGGAAAAACUCAAACCUUUAUGUGUUCAUGUAGUAGUGGCUGUUGUCUACUUUACGUAUGUACAACUCCACGAAUCAGCCUGUAAGAUUUUUGCUGUGUGUUUUUGUGAUUUUCUGCAGGGUGGUAUUUGCAGUGCACUGAAAUCUUUGCUUCCAGCCACCGCGUGUACAUUUUUUAAUUGUUAUCCUGUUAUGAAUUUCCUCUCACAUGAAUAUCAGUGAGGGUGUCCACUCUCUGCUGCAGCCUCCCGACGGCAAUUGAUCGUGGAUCUAUUCAGUUUCCCCAUUACCAUCGUUCACACACUGUGUGUCUGCAGGCCUGCAUUAUUUUUUUUUCUUCCUCCAAAGGAUUUAAAAUAAUCCUGACAGUUGCUCAGCUACAGGAGGUCAUAUCUCACUGAGGCCAAUGGCUGAAAGCGCCACUGUGCCACUGAUACAGACUGGCAUCCUUUUAUGUGUGUGUGUGUCUGUGUGUCUGUGUCUGUGUGUCUCUUUGUGUUCCACUCUCUAAAGGAUUUAGACAGUGGGUUGGCUGCAGCUGGCCCAAAAGAGAGAUUAUCAAAUUAAUUGAGUUAUUUAGGCGAGACAAAGGAUGUGACAGGCCUUUUGUGCAACCUUUAAUUGUUGCAGUUGGAUCAUUUUAAGCUCAGGUGAUUCUGCUUUUUUUUGUACUGUACAUAUCAUCCGCAACGUUUGCUGCGUUCGCCCAAAGCUGCAGGCGGAUCGACGUUUUAAUUGAUCUUUGUGUGAUUUUUAUUCCAUUAGACUGAUUGUUGAUGGCUCAGUGAUGGAAGCAUGAUUGAAAACGGGCCUCGUCUUAUACAACAGAACCAGGCCAAAUCUGCUACACGUGGAAUUGCACAAAAGUGCGACUGAGUCAAUUAAUAAAGGAAGUGUAUUCAUCCUAAUCCCACACAGGCGGAGUAAGCACUCUCCAACAUAAAGCACACAAAGUGUAUUAUUCUGCAUUAUGUAUGCACGCCGCAUGUUCCCAGCAUACGUGCGGGGAAAACGUGCUGGGGAUUGUGGGGUUACAUGGUGUUGAACGAGGGAGGUGGGAGGUGCGAGGGACAGGUAAUCGGAUUAAAGUGAGUUUGGUUCAAAUUGAGGCUUUUGACAGCAGCUUUCUGCAUUCUAUCGCAAGUCUCCGUCCACAGCCUACCUCCUCACUGCCCGAGAGUUGCGAAGCCUGCAGAGACACAGCAAACAUGCCUGUUGAUCUGAACGGAUAUUGGAAAAUGAUUUCCAGUGAUAACUUCGAGGAGUACCUGAAGGCUCUCGAUGUGAAUGUCGCCAUCAGGAAAAUUGCAACCCUGCUGAAGCCUGACAAGGACAUUGUCCACGAGGGGGACCACAUAAUCAUCAAGACCCUCAGCACCUUCAAGAACUACAACAUGGACUUCCACGUGGGCAAAGAGUUCGAGGAGGAUCUGUCUGGAGUGGACGACAGGAAAUGCAUGACCACCAUCGCUUGGGAGGGAGACAAGCUGGUGUGUGUGCAGAAGGGAGAGAUUGAAGGUAGAGGCUGGACCCACUGGGUGGAUGGAGAUGAGCUUCAUUUGGAGCUGAGAGCUGGAGGAGUUGUUUCCAAGCAGGUCUUCAAGAAGACCUAAGUUGGCUCUGACUGAAGGAGGCUGUGCCACCCCCCUUUCUGCAUCUCUCCACACGUCCAUCUACCAUAUUUUAUAGGAAUUAAUUGGUUAUAAAUGGUAUUCUUUUGAUAGAGACACAGUUACAUUCCAUCAAAACUGUCACCUUUCUCUGCCAAAGACAAUUACAUAUAUCUAGUACAGUAAAUGCACGUCAGCAUGUGCAUCAGUGAAAAAAAAAACACCAAAUGCAGUUCUUUAUAUCUGUCUUAGGGUGGGUUCUCCUUUGAUUAACGUUUUUAGAUUUGUCGGAUGCAUGCAUUCUGCUAUAGGGGUAGCUGAUCUGAUGGGUGAGCCAGACUGAUUACACACAGUGGGAGAGUCCUUUCUUUCCUUCUUGUGUUUGUUUGUUCAGGGACGACUGAGUUAGGACAGUUAUGGACACAGAAAAGAGUGGAUGACUGGAACACAGUGAUCUGAGAUUGGUUUACAACUGUAAGUUUCUUGGCUGCUGAUGCUUAGUCUCCAGAGUGGAUAUCAGAUAUGAUGUGUGUGUGUAUAUAGCCCUCCCAAAUCCUGUGACUGGGACUGUGCAAUUGAUAGUAAAAAUGAAUCAAUGAAUCAAUAAAUUAGUCAGUGCGCAACAAUAUCAUCCA